AAUGGAUUUCCAAAGCAUGUGUCACUGCCCUUACUUUCAAAGGGAGUGCUCCUUCAGAGAGUAACUUGACACUAUGACUUUUUCUGUUAGAUUCUUAGCCUUCAAAUUAAAUUUAUUUCCUAUGUAAGAGCCUUAACAACCAGUCGGACUUCCUCAUGUAUCAAACGUAAUCAGUGGAUGUUUAAUUCUAUGAGGACAGUGCAAAAUCCAUGAAGCCAAGCUGACCUUAGGGAAAUAACAACAAUUGGCCACAAAUGGUCAUUGUAAGGGGAAUUACAAUGAUCACAUGGAUAUUACUGGUCUCAUUGUUCUGGAGGAGCAUACAAGAUGGAAAUGGCCAACACAAUGGUGUCAUGCAUUGUGGACCUCAGAAUCUGACAGUUCGCAGCUCCAGCCAGAUGAUCCACGUGACAUGGAAAGUCGAGCCUUCAUGCUCUGCAGUACAGGAUGAGCUGAUCUAUGAGCUGGUGGUUCUGAUAGCAGACGAGCAAGUACAUUAUGCUGAAGUUCCUGUGAAGCCCGAGCAGAUAGAAUCUACUCACUCCUGGAACUGGACAUCCUCUUUGGCAUUGGAGUGCGCUUCAGUCAGGCUCAGGUCCCGAUACAAAAACCAUACAAGCCCAUGGAAACAAGAAAGGACCCUUCCUGAGAUGAACCCCUCAAAAAGGCCACAGGUUUUUCCAUGGGACAGGAGGCUCAAGGUUGGCAGUAGUUUCACCUUCUGCUGUGUUCUGCCUGCGGGGGAAGUUUUUAAAAAAAUGUAUCUGAAUGGUACUGAAAUAAAGCCUACUAAAAUCACCAAUCAGAUAUUUGACCUGACUGUCCACCUGGAUCGUCCAUCAGGAGACAGCUGCACUAAUGUGGAAUGUGAAACAGUAACAAAUUUUGAUGGGGCUUGUGUUUACAUUGGCUACCCACCUCAGGACAGUAACCUUCAGUGUGAAACCCGAAAUCUGACAUCGGUUGAAUGUCACUGGACAGUAGGAAGAACAUCCUGCAGCAAGAUAGGGAGGGAAACAAAGUAUCAGCUACUUGGGAGUCCAUGUAAGGAUCCGUCGAAGGGGACAUGCUCUAAAACAGAGCGAAUAGAUGUUGGUGAGAGAAACUGGACAUUGACAGUAGAAAAUGCGCUUGGGAAGGUGAAUCUUUCAGACACUGCAGACCUGACUAAAAGAGUGCAUAUGUUUGCUCCACAGGGAGUGACAGCUUCAGCCGUGAAUGCCAGAAAUGUCAGCCUGAAGUGGGAGUGGAACGUGCAACAGUACUAUAAUCUCAAUAUAACAUGCCAAGUAAACAUCAGCCAUGUUGAAAAAAAUACCAUAAGUGAAAUCUUUGGAGUUGGUCUUAAUUUUGCAGUUUUAAAUUACUUAAUACCAAAUUGGUCAUAUAAUGUGAGAGUACGAUGUGGAACAGCACAGCAUUUCUGGAAAUGGAGUGACUGGAGCAAAAGUGUCAACUUCCACACAAGGGGUGAUGUCCCAGAUGCUCUUGAUGUUUGGAUGCAGAUGAAUGACAACCAGAUAACAGCCAUCUGGAAAAUGCUGCUGGCCAACCGGAGUCAUGGACAGAUCCUAGACUAUGAAGUGACCUGGGCAAAGGCGACGGAGAGAGAACGACAAAACAGAACCACAGUGGCUCACAACAACCAUAGUGUUGCCCUCAGUGUGGACACCAAUGAAGACUAUAUCAUCACAGUUACAGCUAGGAAUAUAAAUGGCAGCUCAACGCCAUCAACCAUCACCAUCCCCAGCCUCAAUUCAGACAGAACAAGAGUGAACACCUCUCGGAUCAUUGGCAGCAAUGGUAGCUUCAACCUGUCCUGGUCUGCCAGUCCUGUAGCCAGCUGUGGCUACAUAGUGGACUGGUGUCCUACUUUAGGGCACUGCAUUGUGGAGUGGCUGAAAGUGUCUCCCAGUGAGAGCAACGCCAUUGUAUUUUCAAAAAACUUCAAGGACGGAGUGAGAUACUCAUUGUCCAUAUAUGCCUGCACCCCGGGAGCCCCUGUGCUACUAGACAGAAGAGAGGGCUAUGUCCGCGAAGAAAGAAUACAAGAUGGCCUGUUUAAAAUCCGUGAGGGAAAACAGCAGGAUUCCGAUUUUGUGGUAUUCUGGGACCCUGUAUCUCUGAGAGAGCAGACUGCUUUUAUCCAAGGCUAUGUCCUAUAUUAUACAGACAACAACAAAGCCAUCAGUUUCAGCACAGAUGAUCCUGCGGCCACCAGCCUGACAGCAAGAGGCCUUAAGAAUGGUACCUACACAUUCACAGUGAAGGCAAAGACAGCUGUUGGAGAAUGUGGUGAUACACCCAUUACUUCCACCUUGAAUUCUCCGAGUGAUGACUUGAUCAGUGCAGUCGUCAUUUCCCUCAUCACUGUUUUUGGUCUCCUUACCCUCCUCACUAUCGUUUGCUUCAGACACUGGACAUGUAUCAAACAGAAGGUCUACCCUCCAGUCCCAAAGCCAGUGCUGACAUCACCGGGUAAAUUUACAUGUCCUCUUUAUGUGGAUCAGUAUCACCACAGUGAAGAAGAUAUCGUGGAUGUUGCGGAGCUGCACUGUAGUGAAGGAUCAACAGUAAAUGGUUAUAUCAGCCAGGAGAACAUGCCAUUUGUUUUUGCACAAACUCCAAAGGGUUACUACAACCAGCCCCUGAAAAAGUCCACCCCACCACCCCUCCCCUUACCCACUACAACCAUCCCCUCUCAGUCAGUGUUACCAUCUUCUCCCUUCAGAAGUUUAUUUCCAAACCUGUCAUACAACCUGACGAUGCAGCCUGGAGAUCAGCAGUCUUACUCAGGUCCUGAGCUCCAGGAGGGAUCAUCUUUAGAGAUUAGCUCUGGUGGAUACCAGCCUCAGGGUCACACAGAGAUCUUCACUAUGAACCAGACAGAAGAGGACCCAGGGAGUCCAAUGUCCUGUGUCUCCACUUACAUUUUGUUACCAAAGUCGCCUUCCAGAUAACUGCUGAAUACAUAGCUUGUGUGAGUAGGGUAGCCACAAAAAGGAACUUUAACGUGAACACAUAACAGUGUUAUUUUAAGCCUACUUUUAGCCAUGCUAGGAGCAUUGUUCUAGGGAUGGCAAUGUCUGUUUGUCCACUACUUUGGUCUCGACUGAAAGAGCUCAACAACAAGUUGAUGGGCUACUAUAAAUUCAAAAGCUAACAGACAUUCAAGGCCCUUUACCUUUUACCAACGUAAAAAAUACCUGCUGAACAUCAACAUGCUAGCUUUGUCAUUGUGAACAUGUUUAUAUGCUGAUGUGACCAUUUAUCUCAAAGCACUGUCUCAUAGACUCUUUGGUUAUAUCCAGAAGCAUUUACUCAAAGGAAACUGAGCUUGCUUUAGAUUCUUCAAGUCAUUAAGCCUUCUCAUUCUUAGUUUCUGACUAACUAGUGGAGAGUCCCAGGCAUUUAACCUCUGUGGAGUCAUUUAAGGUGCCAGUAUACUCCGUCAGAAGUACUUGUUGGAUGGCUGAAUAGCUUUGGAAACCCGCUGCCCAUUCAUUCUUGACACAACUGUUUCCAUCACUUUUCAUGUUAUCAACUGGUACAACGUGAUUUUGCCAAGUAGGACAUGCCCCUGGAUCCCACAUCCCAUAUCCCAUUUCAACAUUGCAAUCAACCAAUCACAGCUCUCUGACAUCAUCAGUGUGCUGCUCCUGUGCCUCUUUCAAAAUUUAUUUGUGCUUUUUCAGAGCUAAGCUAGUUUUCGAAAUUGACAUUGACAAAAACCUUAUGAGCCAUUGCAGGAUUAGCGAGUUAGUUUGCUAACUAAGUUGGUUAUGCUAACCAGUAAACUUGCCAAUAGACUAUAAUAUUAGCGAGUUGCUAACAAGGCUAUGCUAGAUUACCAAUAGGCUAAAAUAUUAUUCAAUAAUAUUAUAUAGGGUUAUGUCAUUUUGCAGUUGCAAAGACCUGCCAGGGACACAUUCCCCCUCCUUUUUAAUAGCCUAUUCAAAACUAUGUGUUUUGAUCCAGGACCAUCACUGCAAUGUUGACCCUGGAUAAUUUGUUGAUCCAGAACCAUCAUCUUCAUCCAGCCUAAUUUGUUUAAUCCAGGGACAUCAUUGCCAUGUUGAUCCAAGUUAACUUGUUUAUGUUGAUCCAGGACCAUCACUACUAGGUUGAUGUCGACAUAAAAAAAAAAAUCCAGAAUCAGUGUGAUGAUGAUGAUGGUCCUGGCUAAACCUAACCAAAUUUAUCCAGGAUUAACAUGGAAAAAAGGAGGGAAAAAUGCUAUUAUCCUACUCUUUGUUACUGAACAAUAAUUUAGUCUAUUGGCAAGCUUACUUGCUAUAGCCAACCUAGAUGGCAAGCGAACUCAAUAACCCCGCAGCAGCUUACAAGGUUUUUGUUCAGUGUUACUGAGAAUUUUGUUCAACUGUAUUAACUUCAAUUUAGAAAACUGGCUUAGCUCUGAAGAGGUGCAAAGAAUCUUUGAAAGAAGCACAGGAGCAGCACACUGAUGAUGUCAGAGGGCUGUGAUUGGUUGAUUUCAAUGUUGGUCCAGGAACGCUAUGUGGGAUGUUGAUCCAGGAGCUUAUCCUGCUUGGCAAAAAAGUCUCACUGAUGAACUGAAUGUCUUUCAGAACAGCUAUAAACCCUUUUGAUUUCAGAUGCAGUUGGACAACACAUCAUACAAACUACUUCUUUUCUAGUUCAACAUGGCCCUUACACAUUGAAAAACGACUACAUGUUGAGUUCACGCAUAGGUGGUGCCCUUGCCUGUCACAUGAGCUGUUAGAGUCACUUUGUUUAAGGUGUAAAUGGGUGUUAAACUGAUUGGGAAGGAAUGUCUCAUAUAGACCAGCUCACAUAAACUGAAGGCUUUCUUUGUUGGGUGGUGGUUAUUCCAAUUUGCCUCGCUCCUCUUUCAAACAAUCUGUCUUCUCCUUCCAAUACGUGUACAUAGCUGUCCCCAAAGGAGUGUCCUAUGUCCUUCAGAUGUCAGUAGACUGCUUAGAGUUGGAUCUAGAGGUUGAAUUAUCUCCCCAGUAUAUAGGUCUGUGCACUUCUUACUGGAAAUAAUAAAUGGACUUGCAUUUGUAUAGCGCCUCUCUAUUCUUGCAUCACUACAUGUCACAUUUUCACAAACAUCCAUACACUGGUGGCAGAGGUGCCACUCAGUUAACCAUUCACACAAUUUGGGGUUCAGUAUUUUGCCCAAGGACAUUUCUACAUAUGGGCUAGAUAAACUGGGGAUCGAACUCCCAAUCUUCUGAUGUGUGGAUGACCUGCUCUGUGUCUUGAUUUUUCAUUUUUCGCUGUUGUGGUUGGUUGUUGGUCUUGUUUGAAUUUCGAACUUGAGCAGUUCUAGGGCUUUUAACAUCUUUAAGAAACUAAAGCAACUCCUCUGGGUGUACCAUGACCUGGAUGGCUUAGAAUCUUCAUAAACAUACUGCUAGUCUUGUUGUUGAUCACUGAUAAAGUAGCAUAACACUGUGAAUUAUAUUGUAUAAUAAAACAGAAUGAAUUGAUAUAUAUGUUACAGAAAUGCAUUUAAUUUGUCAACUGCUGUAUGUCCUUACGUGAUAUGCACUGAAAGUGAAACAAAUAAAAUAUGAGAAACUA